UUACAUUUUGGCAAUCUACACUCUUAGCCAUAUCUACUUACAAAAUAAUUGAAAGAGUGGAGAAGAAGAGAUGGCUUCCACUUCAGCUGCAUUGGUAAAUGGCUUCUUGACCGGUGGCAAGAAGAGCCAGGCUCUCUUGUCGGCCCCCGUCGCUGCCCGGGCCGGUGGGGCCGCCUCCCCCAAGAGGCUGAUCGUGGUGGCCGCCGUCGCCGCCCCUAAGAAGUCUUGGAUCCCUGCCGUGAAGGGUGGCGGCAACUUGGUCGACCCCGAAUGGCUCGAUGGCUCGCUACCCGGCGACUACGGUUUCGACCCGUUGGGGCUCGGGAAGGACCCGGCUUUCUUGAAAUGGUACCGGGAGGCGGAGUUGAUCCACGGGCGGUGGGCGAUGGCGGCGGUCCUUGGCAUCUUCGUGGGGCAGGCGUGGAGCGGCAUCCCGUGGUUCGAGGCUGGAGCGGCCCCCGGGGCCGUGGCGCCCUUCUCGUUCGGGACCCUGCUCGGGACGCAACUACUCCUGAUGGGGUGGGUCGAGAGCAAGAGGUGGGUCGACUUCUUCAACCCGGAGUCCCAGUCGGUGGAGUGGGCGACCCCGUGGUCGAGGACCGCAGAGAACUUCUCCAACGCCACCGGAGAGCAGGGCUACCCUGGCGGGAAGUUCUUCGACCCACUAGGGUUCGCCGGGACACUCAAGGAUGGAGAGUACAUCCCGGACGAGGAGAAGCUCGACAGAUUGAAGCUUGCCGAGAUCAAGCACGCGAGGCUUGCUAUGGUGGCUAUGCUCAUCUUCUACUUUGAGGCUGGCCAAGGGAAGACACCCCUUGGAGCCCUUGGCUUGUAAGCUUCAAUUGUGACAUUAUUAAUGUUGUAUAAACAAACUUUUCCAAUGUAGAGAGUUUAAUUAUUGAUCGAUCAUUGAUUUGGGAGUUUA